AUGAACUGACAACAGAGUUAAAGGAGUCUAAACGGCGUCAGGGACUGUACCCGACCCUUCGCAGAGCCACAAUGAAGAUCACAGAGAUCCUCCUGAUGGUGGUUUUAGCAAAGUCUUGUUCCAGUUUACAAAGAGCGCCUCGUAUCAUCACGCUGCUGGAAACUGUGGACGUUCUCCUCGAUCACAAUGCCACAUUCAUCUGUGAGGUGGAAUCUCGUCCCUCUGCAGACAUUACAUGGACCAAGAACAACAACCCUAUAAUGUAUUACGACACCAGAUAUGUCACCAGAGAGCAGGGACAGAUGUUGCUCAUCCCUCAUGCAAAGGAGACAGACAAUGGCGAGUACUGCUGCAUCGCCAGCAAUGGCAUCGGUGAACCUGCCAAGAGUUGUGGAGCGCUGCAGAUCAAGAUGAAGCCACAGAUCAAACGCCACCCCACUAAUGUCACCAUGCUGAUCGAGUCCAAAGCUGUGUUGCCUUGCGUGACCCUGGGUAACCCCAAACCAGACGUCACCUGGCUCAAAGACGAUGAGCUCAUUAACGUGAGCGAGCGUGUGAGCAUUCUUGACUAUGGUGCGUUGAAGAUCCAGCCUAUACAGCGGGAGGAUGCUGGACAGUAUCGAUGUGUAGCCAGGAACAGUUUUGGUUUGGCCUUUUCCAGGCCGGUCACCAUUGAAGUUCAGGCUCCAGCUCGAAUCCUGAAGGCUCCCAGAGAAAAGAGGGUUGCGUACGGCAGCCAAAUUUCUAUGGAGUGCAACGCCACUGGAAAUCCAACCCCGACCAUCACCUGGUUGGAAAACGGGAAUACGAUAACAGACGCAUCUGUGGAGGACACCAUCGUGGGAGAAGUGAUCCUUUCGCUUCUUAAAGUGACGGUGACUAAACCUGCUCUUUACACGUGCCUGGCCUCCAACAGGCACAGUUCCGGAGCCAACACCGUCAAAGCCACUGCGAAGGUCACGGUGGCAGAGUGGAGACUCUACAAGGGAGCAGCUGGCUACUGUAGCGCCUAUCGUGGAGAUGUGUGUCGCUCAGUUCUUCAAGACGAUUCGCUAGUCUUCUUUAAUACGUCCCUCUCAGACCCUGAGGACACGCAGGAGUACUUGGUCCAGAGCUGGUGGACUGAACUGGAGGGUCUCAGUGCUCUGUGUAGCCCUGUGGUCCGCUCUCUGCUCUGCCACACAUCCUUCCCUGACUGUAACCCGUCAGGGUUAGGACCCGCCCCCAAACCCGUUUGCAGAGAGCACUGCCUGGCAGUGCGGGAGCUGUACUGCCACCAUGAGUGGGCCCUCCUGGAGGGCAGCAGUUCGAUACAGCGUGGUCUCUUCCGCUCCAUCAUUGGGGUUCACAGUCCCACUCUACUCCUACCAAAAUGUCAGAACCUGCCAAGUCUUCACUCGGACCCUGACGCCUGCACUCAUGUUCCACUCGUUGAUAUUCAGACUGAUCAAAUAACAACGACAUGUUAUAAUGAGAAAGGCAGAUUCUACCAAGGAAACAUAAACGUGACAAGGUCGGGGACGCCCUGCCAGCCAUGGACUGCACAGGAGCCGCACCAGCAUCGUCUGUCUGUAGACGUCAUUCCGGAGUUGAAAAAUUCCGGGAACAACUGCCGGAACCCCGGUGGGAUCAGCGAUCGGCCGUGGUGUCACACCACAAACCCCAACAUCCGCUGGGAAUACUGUGCUGUUCCACAGUGUGGGGACGUGGCCAGUGGGCUAGUGCUGAAGACAGUGUCACCCGGUCCUCGCCAGUCUUCUCACCCACCUCCCAUUGUUUCAGCAUCAUCUCCAGCUUACUCCAUGUCUGUCAUUGUCAUUGUCCUGUCCACGCUUGCAGCCGCGGUCUUCCUUUUCAUCAUCAUCAUCGGAUGUCACAGGCGGAGGAAACAGUGGAGAAACAGGAAGAGGGUGAUGGAGACCCCAACACUGACCGCACUUCCCUCAGAGCUGCUGCUGGACCGUUUGCACCCCAACCCCAUGUACCAGAGGGUUCCUUUACUGCUGAACUCAAAGCUGUUGGCUCUGGAGUAUCCUCGGAAUAACAUCCAGUAUGUCAGAGAUAUCGGAGAGGGUGCGUUCGGACGGGUUUUCCAAGCACGAGCUCCUGGUUUGCUGCCGAUGGAGUCAUUCACCAUGGUGGCAGUCAAGAUGUUGAAGGAAGAAGCAUCGGCUGACAUGCAGAAUGACUUCCAGAGAGAGGCGGCCCUCAUGGCUGAAUUUGACCAUCCAAACAUUGUCCGGCUCCUGGGUGUGUGCGCCGUGGGCAAACCAAUGUGCCUGAUGUUUGAGUACAUGGCCCAUGGAGACCUGAACGAAUUCCUGCGGCGAAGAUCUCCGACUCAGUCAGUCCGCACCCUCAGUCACGCCAGCCUGUCGGGUCCCAGCCUCUCCUCCGAGGUGGAGUCAGGGCCACUUACCUGCACUGAGCAGCUGUCCGUGUCCAAACAGAUAGCUGCUGGAAUGGCUUACUUGUCGGAGCGCAAGUUUGUCCACCGUGAUCUCGCGACGCGGAACUGCCUGGUGGGUGAGGAAAUGGUCGUCAAGAUCGCAGACUUUGGCCUCUCCAGGAAUAUCUACUCAGCUGACUACUACAAAGCCAAUGAGAACGACGCCAUCCCAAUUCGCUGGAUGCCCCCAGAGUCGAUAUUCUACAACCGCUACACCAGCGAGUCAGACGUGUGGGCCUACGGCGUGGUGCUGUGGGAGAUUUUCUCUCACGGCAUGCAGCCAUACUAUGGAAUGGGUCAUGAGGAAGUGAUCUACUAUGUGAGGGAUGGUCACAUCCUCUCCUGCCCUGAAAACUGCCCUCUGGAGCUGUAUAACCUGAUGAGGCUCUGCUGGAGCACGCACCCCUCAGACCGGCCCAGUUUCAGCAGCAUACACCGAAUACUGGAGCGAAUGCAUCAGAACACGUUGACCACAAAUGCAGAAGCCGAGCCAGAGUGUUAAAACGCUUGGGUUUGGUUUCUGACUCAAAGCAUCUUUAUAUGAGGCGGUAAAUUCUGUUUUCUAUAUUUUAAUGGUUUCCUGAAUGUAAAUAGCAGAGCUUGACGAAACAGAACGCUGAGCUCAUGGUUACUGACCAUGUUUGAAGACAGGAAGUGGCACCAAAGCCAGUGAGUUUAGAUGAUCGGCAGAAGCAAGCACACUUCCUCUUCUCUUUUAUCACUCGAGACAGGUCAAUUUCUUCAGCAACGCUAGUCAAGAAUGUCUGACUUUGGGUCUGUUCUGUUCUGUAAAUGUAAAGCAAUUGUCAAUUGGAUUUUUUAAAAACAAAAAAACAGGGUUUUAGUAUCAAUCUUCUGCUCCAACUCUGUCACCUCUUAAAGCAACAUUACUGAAAGGAACCAGUGAUGCGCCUGCUGACCACCAGUACUGCUGGUAACAAAAAGCCAAAACAGUCAGAGCCAGACAAAAGCGGGAGCUGAAAAAAUAUACACUUUUUUUUUUUGCAGAGUUUACAGAAGUGUCACUGAUAUCGCCUUGAUUCCCGCGGCACAGAAUCACUUUAAACAAUUUAUUGAUAUUGACAUAUUGAUAUUCCGGUUUAGACAUUCUAGUUUCCUUUUUUAUGAUUUUGUAUUUUACGUGUUUUUUGUGACUGGUAACAUUUGAGAUAUUAAAUGUUUACUUUCGAAAUAUAAUUUAGAGCGAAAAUUCGACUUAUGAUCAGUGAAGUUGUCACAGUGCCUUUGUGGCCGAGCUUAUUCAUUUGAUGUAAAGUGAUAAAGUUGAACCGUAUUUUUAUUGAUGUGCUAUUUGUUUAUUAAACUUCUACUUGAAUU